GCCCCUCCCCCAGCCGCUUGGGCUCCUCGCGAGCGGCCCGCGCCGCUGGCCUGGGCUGUGUCGCUGCUCGCGACCCCUCGCACCGUGCCCGGGCCGGGGAACGCCGCUCCCGCCGCCGCGCUCCCCCGCCCGCCCCCGGCGCGCCGCCCCCGGCUCGCCGCUCCCGCCUUGUCCGCCACUGACGCAGUCCGUGCCGCACCAGCUCCAACAUGGCGGCAGCGCGGCGCUGAGCAGCGCGGGGCUUCAAGGGCCGCCAGCGGUAAUUAGAUUUCUGAAGCCAUGGGAGUAAAGGUCCAGAGACCGCGUUGCUUUUUUGACAUAGCCAUCAACAAUGUACCCGCUGGAAGAGUGGUCUUUGAAUUGUUUUCAGAUGUGUGUCCAAAGACAUGUGAGAAUUUUCGCUGCCUUUGCACAGGUGAAAAGGGUACAGGAAAGUCCACCCAAAAGCCAUUGCAUUACAAAAGUUGUCUGUUUCACAGGGUAGUGAAAGAUUUUAUGAUCCAAGGAGGCGACUUCAGUGAAGGAAAUGGCAGAGGAGGAGAAUCCAUUUAUGGUGGCUUUUUUGAAGAUGAAAGUUUUGCUGUAAAGCACAACAAAGAAUUUCUCCUUUCAAUGGCCAACCGAGGGAAAGAUACAAAUGGUUCACAGUUCUUUAUAACAACUAAACCUACACCUCACUUAGAUGGGCAUCAUGUUGUUUUUGGACAAGUCAUCUCAGGUCAGGAAGUUGUGAGAGAAAUAGAAAACCAGAAAACAGAUGCAUCUAGUAAACCAUAUGCUGAAGUACGCAUACUGAGUUGUGGAGAGUUAAUUCCAAAAUCCAAAGCUAAGAAAGAAGAAAAGAAGAGACACAAGUCAUCUUCCUCAUCCAGUGACUCAGAAAGUUCAAGCGAUUCAGAAUCAUCUUCUGAUUCGUCGUCAGAUUCUGAGAGUGCUUCAGAAGAGAAAUCUAAAAAACGAAAAAAGAAACACAAAAGAAAUUCCAAGAAACAUAAGAAAGAGAAGAAGAAAAGAAAGAAAAGCAAGAAAAGCUCAUCCAGUGAAAGUGAAGAUGAAAAUACUGAAGCACAGCCAUUAUCUACUGUCCGUCCUGAAGAAAUUCCUCCUAUACCUGAAAACCGGUUCCUGAUGAGGAAAAGUCCUCCUAAAGUAGAUGAGAAAGAAAAAGAGAGAAAAAGCAGAGAGAAGGAAAGAGAGAGUAAUCUGUCAAACUCACAGUCAACAUACCAGAGAAGACUGUUAGUCACCAGAUCUGGAAGGAAGAUAAAAGGAAGAGGACCAAGGCGUUACCGGACACCUUCCAGAUCCAGGUCAAGAGAUCGAUUCCGGCGCAGUGAAACUCCUCCACAUUGGAGGCAAGAAAUGCAAAGAGCUCAAAGAAUGAGAGUCUCUAGUGGAGAAAGGUGGAUAAAAGGAGACAAGAGUGAAAUAAAUGAAACCAAGAAAGAUAAUCAAAAGAGCCCAGGAAGAGGAAGAGAGAGAAGAAUAUCAGACCACAGGCAAGUUUCUGAAAGUCCAAGCCGAAGAGGGGAAAAAGAGAAGAAAAAAGAUCACAAAUCCAGCAGUAAAGACAGGGAGACAAGAAGAAAUUCAGAAAAAGAUGACAAGCAUAACAAAAGCAAAUCCAAGAAGAGAGCUAAAUCUAGAAGCCAUAGUAAAAGCAGAGAGAAAUCAAAAAGUAAAGAAAGAGACUCCAGACACAGCAGACAUGAUGAAAAGAGACUAAGAUCAAGAAGCAAAGAGAGAGACCAUGAGAAAGGUAGAGAAAAAGAAAAGCACUAUGAUUCUAGAGGGAGAGAGAAAGAAAGAAGUAGGAGCAAGGAGAGAAGUAAAAGAGCAGGCUCAAGAAGUAAUGAACAAGAGCAUAGGAAGAGCAAAGACAGGGAGAAACGCAAGUCAAGAAGCAAAGAGCGUGAGCAUGCUAGAGGGAAGCACAGCUCCAGCAGCAGAACAAGGGAUCGCAGCAAAAGCAGAGACAGGGGUAGGAGAGGGAGAUCCAGAAGCAGGGACAGGGAUCGCAGUCGAAGUAAGGACUAUUCAAGGAAUAGAGAUAGAGAAACAAGGAGGAGAGGAAGAUCAAGAAGCAGAGAAAGGAGAGGUACACCAGAUAAAUACAGAGGAAGAGAGAACAGGAGGAGGAGAGAAUCAAGGAGUUCAGAGAGAGAUGAAAGUCAAAGCAGAAACAGAGAAAGGUAUUCAAAUAGGGAAAGUAGAAGCUCAUAUAAGAGGAAUGAUAGUGAAAGCCAAAGGAAGAGGCGUUCAAAAAGCCGUGAAAGUAGUAGUCCUGAAUCUGGCAGAGAUAAGAAGUCUAGUAGAGAUCAGGAUAGAAGUCCAGACUCAAAAAAGAGACCAAGUAGCAAAGAGAGAGAAUCAAAAAAAUCAUACUCGCGCAGCAGUAAAGAAAAGGAAAAGACCAGAUCCUCAGCAGAACAAGAAGUAAACCAAAAAUCAAAGAGUCAGGAGAGAGAUCAUGCCCCUAGUAAAGAUAAAAAAUCUGAUCAUGAAACAAGUCCUGGAACAGAUGAUGAGAGGCAUGGAUGAGUUUGUGGACUUAAUGUUUCCAUUGUCUCAAAGUUUUAGAGACGUUUUGGGGAACGCCUUUUUUAAAGAUGUGGACUUCAGUUUGGUCUUUUGAUAAUCUAAAACCUGGAUCAUUUGUACUGCUAAAGUUUUAAUAAACUUGAAAUGAAAAAGAAAUUACAUGUGUAAUACAGUGUGCUGUGUUUUAAAUAUUUCAUUGGAUUAUGUAUCCUUCUUGUGUGUUGUCAGCUAGAAAGGUAACUUCCAUGCCACUUUUAUUUUUUACCUGCUCAACAUAGUUCAGUGCAAGCAAUGGCUGCCUGUGAAGAGGCUUGUUCCAUAUGUGAAGAAGAAAGCUGCAGAUAAACUACAUGUCAUCUUAAAGCUAGGAGAAUAUUGCAAGGUGUCCAUUACUCCAGUCUUGCUACAUCUGUUUUUCAGUAGGUAUAAAUCCUAAGGAAAUUUAUUUGUAGAUGUAAAUUAUGUUAGUUUUUAUUGUAGUCACAAAGUGAAUUAAUUUAAGUAAAUCUUUGUUUGUAAUUCUGUCACUGCCAGCAGUAGAAUUCAUUCAUGUAGUAAGGCAGUCAUCUGUGUUUGGGAGUUAUUUCCUUGUCCUAAAAAAAAUUUUGAAGUGCUCAUCAGCAUAACUUUUUUCCCCUGUAACCUCUCCAUUCUGUGCUUUCAUGUCGUCUACUGCAGAAAUGAAUGCUUCAGACUGCCCUGCUUCAGUUGCCUAAUUAGUGGAUGCACAGAGAUGAAACAGAUUACCAGAGUUUGCAGGGGUCAGAUAAGGAACCAGGAAAUCCUUUCAACUUUUGUUUCUUACAAGUCCAAGAGAAAACUCUUGCAGUUCUCCAGUACUGGUUUUUGGAGUAGUUGAAACAGAAUUUCAAGUAAUGUUUUAAAACAUGCUCUUAAUUUUGUUUUUUUUUUAACUGAAAUUUGCUUUCUUCCUUGUUUCCCCUCAUUCUAAAGAAUGUAACUCUGAAUUCCUUCUCAUUCUCUACUAUGUCCCUCAAACCUAUUCCCUCCCUUUUCUGCUUUCCUCUCCUGCCUCUAGGUCCCACCCCAGUUUGUAUUUCACCACCACCCCUUCACGUGGAAGAGAAGGAGUUUGGUUUGUGCUGCUGCAGCAGUGCCCCCAUAUGUGCAAUCCCCAAAGAGCAGCUGCUGUGGUGACUCAGUGCAGUGUCUGAAAGGAUAGAUUUGGUACAAACCCCAGUGCUCCUUUCAGUCCAUGAAACUAUUCACAUCUAAGACUGGCAAAUCUUGAAAGCCGUAAAGGCAAGUGACAAGCAUUAAUCUUAACCUAUGUCAAAGCAAAACAAUACUGUAAUCGUUGAAAUGUUUGCCAAAUCUUUCACUAGAUGGCACAACUUGCUUUUACUGUCUUGGUAAUGAGUUUGUUCAUGUUUUCACUUUGUGAUCAGUGUUUGUUGACAGCAGAUUAGGAGAAAUGUUGAAGCUUGCUUGACAUUGUGGUCCAGACAGUUAUUAUUCUAAAGAAAAAUUGUUGUGUCUUGAAAGCAAAAGAAAACCUAGAAUUGUGAGCAACAUAAGCAGUGUUUUUAAAGGAAGAAAAUGGAAGUGUGUAGAGUGAUUUUUUAUCAGAAUGGGUUAGUGGAACUGAUUUGGCUGUCAAGUGCUUUUUUACUUUUUUACUGUGUUUUAGAAACAUCUAUGGAUUUUGCAUUUCAGUGGUCAUUUUAUGCAGGUUUAAAAAUGUUCCUGGUCCACGUGUGGGUGGAUGACACAGCAGUUACUUAAGAGAACUCAGAGGAGUGAACCAAAGACCUUUAUAGUGGAUCUCUUCUGUCUGAACUUUGUAGGACUUUGGAGAAGUUGUAGUCCUAUUUUGGGGGACUGUAGUAAGAGUAAAGAUAGGAAGUUAGGCUUCAGAAAAUUUUGUGUGACAGCUUAACCAUUUAUACUGUGCUAUGCAUGCCAUGUGCUUCAGAGUCCCAUUUAAAAACUGUUUGCAAUGUUGUUUCAUUCUUUUAAAUAGAGCUGACACAUGAGCAACCUAUUGCUGAAGAAGUUUAUUUGCACUACUGAGAAUAUUCCUGCCAAUAUCACUGAAGUUUGUAUAAGCAUGUAAACAAAACAAUCUGCAACUAUACUGACUGUUGUAGAACGGGGGAAAAAUACAGGCAGUCAGCAAUACAGCAAUCCAUAGAAUAUUUUUUUUAUUGUGUUUAGUUUAAAAUCUCAAAAUGAAUAUUAAAUCCAAUUGUCGUUUGCAGUUGUAGCUACUUAUUUUAAAAUAUGCACUUGCAUACUCUUUUGUAUGGACUUUGUUACAGUUCAGAAAAUUAUUUGUACAAAAAUGACUUUAAUUCUUUAAUUCUUUCAUAGCACAUUAAAGAUUCAUCUGAGUUGGUGGCACAAAGCCCAUUUUAUUUUUUUUAAUGUACUUGGGUUUUGUUCAAAAGCUGGCUACACUAAAUUGCAGGUGGUGGGAUACAGUUGCCUGUGUUGUAUUUGGUAGUAAAUUGGUUUAGUGCUGAGCACUUAGUUUAAGCAGAAGCACCAAUUGCAGUCUUAUACAAGGGAGGGUUUGCCAGAUUUGUGUUUUUCUUUAUCAAACUGGAAAUUGAGAAUAUUGAUUAAGAAUUUGUUGGGACUAAAGCCCAAUCCCAGGGACAGCAAAAUGUCCCCAAGUGCUAGUCAGUUCGUGCUGCCUUGUCAGGAGGCGCUGACUGUUGCUCUUGCAGUCCUGAGUCUGUUUAUUCCCUUAAUGACAGAGCUUUCCUGUUCUCAGCCUCACAGGAGCCACCUUGUGCUGUAGUCACAAUAUAGCUCAGUGCCAUCUUUAACAUCUGUGUCAUGUCAUUCAUUGGCUUUUUGCUCAGAGGACUGGUUUGGAAGAAUUUAAGUAUUCCAGAGGCAGUAAAAACAAUGCUCGUGAUCUUUCGUUGUGAAUGUGGGAAGAAAGUAGUAGAGUGCAGCUUUUUCUGCUGGUACCCCAGAACUGACUUUAUUCCAGGGAAUUCAUGAACCCCAAUCCACAAUGUAAAGUGAGGGCAGGGAUUACUGGACUAACUUUCUAAGUGUAUGUUGAAGUGUCCAUACAGGCUUGAAAUAACUUCCAAAGGUUAGACAUGCUUUCUCUGUUGUAUCUACAAUAGAUGCUGAGAUUUUACUAAUACCAUGCAACAUAUAGAUACCUGGAAUUUAUAACUGACAGUGGCUUUCCAAACUUUGUUAGAAAGAGACUGUUACUUUAUGCUGGAUUCUCUGGGUACUGCCAUCAACUCAGAAGCAGAAAUUCUUGCUGAGGGUGGAUAGAUAGAAUGUGCAGUUAUGUAGACACUAUUACCUGUAAAAAAUGUGUUGCUGUCUGCUAAUUCUUUAACACAGCCAUAGUGUUUCAGUUGUUGUUUGUUUCAGUUGGUUGUUUUUAAGAAAGAAAAAAGGCAAUGGUUACAUUUUAAUGCUUUGUUCUAUUUGGUUGUUAGAAUUUUAGCCUGAAACUUUGCACUUUGUACUUGAAAUUCCAGACUACAGGCUUUUCUUGCAGUGUUCUUUGUCAGAUGCGUUGAAGAAUUUGCAGUGAUCCCCAAUAAUGUCUGAUUUGUAAUAGUGUCAGCCUGGCAAAUGGAUUUUAGGUUAAUGUAAACAAAAGAAGCAGUCCUUUAGCUGCCUUUUCUGGAACUGUUGAUUUAUUGAAGCAAAUAAAGUAUUUUUGGAAACACCUAUGGGGGCAUGGUAGACUCAUUGUUUUUCUGAUAAGCAAAAAUGUAUAUUCCUGCUUUUAGGACUUUCCUUGUAAUAGAAAACCUAAACAUAUACAUACUAUACUUUUAUAAAAGCAGCAGUCAUUAAAGUGUUCUUUUUGGGAGGUUGUUAAUUUUGUUUUGGUGUUUUGAAGGGGUUUUUUUUGCAUGGGGGGGACAUGGUUGGCCACACUUCCAGAGUCGAUGUAAUGAAAAUGUAAAGAACUAUUAUGUACCUUCCCUUUGCUGAAAAUAGUAAUUUUCAUAAUGCAGUAUUUAACUAAAUUAUUAAAGAAAAUGCAUAUCAAAAAAUCUGUGAACUGCAUUUUGCAAAAUUUGAAUUUACUACAGUUCUGCAGUUGCCUAGCAGAAAACUUUAGCUUUCCAUUUUGGUGCUUAUGUACUUUUAGUUUAGAGUCAUACUUAUCAUCCUUGAACAAUUCAUGUCAUUAGCAACACUGUUUUAACAAAACUUUGUUGUGUAAAGGCCAAAAGUAAUGUUCACCUGUUUGUUUGUUUUUAAGUAUCAUAUGAAAUUGUUUUCUAGUUUUAGUAGGAAAUCUCACAAAAGGAUUAGCAGUAAUAAAAUAUAAAAAAGGUGAUGAGUGUAGAUA